AUGUGUGACAAACCUCCGUCGGCUAUCAAAGAACUGCUUAAAUACGUCACUGACCUGAACGCAGGGCUAAGAAAAGAUAUUGAUGACGUAAAAGAAGGUAUGACGUACAUGAACGAAACUUUUGAAGAGCUUCGUACAACAAAGGUGGAACUAGAUGCACUUAAAAAGGAGCAUGCAGCGUUAAAACUGGAAAAAGAGCAACUGGCACAAUCACUUGGGACCACGCAGAAAGAAUUAACAGAGUUGAAGCAAUACACCAGGCUCAGCAAUCUUGAGAUUAAGGGGAUUCCGCAAAACCAGAACGAAUCACUGAUGGAAGUUGUUCAGAAGAUAGGAGACAAAGUUGGAAUGUGCGUCAAACCCAAAGAUAUUGACGUGGUGCAUCGUGUGCCCACAAAGGACAGGACAAAAACAAACAUCAUUGUAAGGUUCUCGUCACGUGCCGUGCGAGAUAAAGUCUUGCACGCGGCAAAAAAGAAAAGGCUCUCAGCUAGCGAUAUCGGGUUUUCAGAUACCAAUGCGGUGUAUAUUAACGAGCACCUCUGUCCAGAAUAUAAAGCUUUGCUGGGCAUGGCAAUUGCUAGAAAGAAAGAAAAAAACUGGAGAUUUGUGUGGGUCUCGCAGUCAAAAAUACUAGCAAGGAAGGCAGAAAAUUCGAAUGUCAUUCACAUCGCUUCUCGAGAUGACCUGGCUAAGAUAGCAUAG